AUGUCAUAUUUCACUAUCAUUCACAUCACUGUCAUCACUUUCACUUUCAUUAGUGUCACUCCUAUCAAUUUGAACUCCCUUUCCUUUAUUAACUUUGUUCCAUUUCCUUCAGUGAUGUCAAUUGUUCCUUCCUUUUCCUUCGUGUUUUUCAAUGGUGUCAAAUGUUUUUGGUGUUUGCUGUGCUCUCAUGGAACUCAAGAAUGCCAAUUGCUGAGUGACUCCAGAAGAAUUAACAGCAGAUUCUUGGAGCUUCUUGUUAGGGGGUCUCCCUCGGAGAUUCGCAUUCGAGAUUGCUCGUGGUUGUCAGAGGAGGAAUUCACAAAAUGUUUUCAAUCUUGUGACCUUGGCCAUUUGGAGGUGCUACAACUUGACCAGUGUGGACGAUGUAUAUCUGAUUAUGCAUUACCUGCUACUCUGGCAAAAUCACCAAGGUGUCUGCCUAGAUUAAUUAGUCUAUCCUUCAGUGGUGCAUGCCGUCAUACAGAUAGAGGAUUGCGUCAACUAGUUUCCUCUGCUCCUGCACUUAGAUCCAUAAAUCUAAGCAAAUGCGCCCUUCUCACACCUGCCAGUCUUAAUAUUUUGGCUGAUUCAUUAGGGUCACUUCUAAAAGAGUUGUAUCUUGAGAACUUCCAACUCACUGAUCCAGAACAAAUUUUGCCAGCAUUGAAGAAACUUAAGCAGUUAGAAGUGUUAUCACUGGCUGGCAUUCAAGAAGUGAGUGAUCAAUUUAUCAAAGAUUACAUCAUUGCACAGGGUCACAACAUGAAGGAGCUUGUGUUAAAGGACUGUAUAAAUUUGACUAAUGCCUCAGUGCAAGCCAUUGCUGAACAAUGCCCCGGGUUGCAGGCACUUGAUCUUACGAACUUGUGCAAGUUGACAGAUUUAUCUAUAGAAUAUCUUACAAAUAGUUGUCAAGAACUGCGUACAUUGAAGCUAGGCCGCAAUCCAUUCAGCGACGAAGCAAUUGCUUCAUUUUUGGAGAUCAUUGGAGGGUCUUUGGAAGAACUUUCACUCAAUAACAUUAAGAAGGUUGGCCAACACACAGCCGUAUCACUUGCAUGGCAUGCCAGAAAUUUGCAUACUCUAGAUCUUUCAUGGUGUCGAAAUGUGAGUGAUGAAGAGUUAGGUUUAAUAGUAGACAGCUGCUUCUCGCUCAAGUUACUUAAACUUUUUGGAUGCUCACAGGUAACAAGCAUUUUUCUGAAUGGGUACUCAAACCCAAAGAUCCAAAUCAUUGGGGUGAAGCUUACUCUUUUAUUCCAACAUAUCGAAGUGCUUGAACGUCCUCAAGGUGCUUUGCGUUAUUCAUCAGUCUCAUUCAAUGAUUGAAAACAGAAUCAGAAAUGAAAUAUAUAGAUGGGGACAAUUGGCAUAACUAGUGAUAUUUCUACCAGUGACAUAGUGUUUUUUGAUUUAGUCUAAUUGUAA